CAUCCAAUGGAGGCGAGCCAAGUCAAUAAGCAAAAGAGCCCCAGAAAAGCGAUACCCAGAAGAGAGAAAAAAAAGCCACCAUGUCUAUGGAUCUAAAGAAAUCUAACAAGAUCAGAGAAAUUGUUAGACUUCAACAGAUCCUCAAAAAAUGGAGAAGGUUAGCCAAUUCUUCAAAAGCCACUGCUACCACCAAUUUGGCCACUUCCACAACCACCACCAGUAAGAGUAUGAAGUUUCUGAAGAGAACCCUUUCCCUAUCAGAACGUGAGGGAGGGUCAAGCAAUGUUGUUCCAAAAGGCUACCUAGCUGUUUGUGUUGGUGAAGAGCUCAAGAGGUUCACUAUACCAACUGAGUAUUUGGGUCACCAAGCGUUUCAGAUUCUUCUGAGAGAAGCAGAAGAAGAAUUUGGCUUUCAACAAACAGGUGUCCUCAGGAUUCCUUGUGAAGUUGCUGCUUUUCAGAGUAUCUUGAAGAUGGUGGAAAGUAAAGGGGACCUGUUUUCCUCCCAAGAAUGUAGACUCAGCAUUGAAGAGAUGCUGAUGGGUUACUGCUCAGAAAACCAGAUUGCACAUUCUCACCAUCCUCAAAGUCCAUUAUGCAGAUAGUAAUGCAUAUUGCAGUUUUUAUCCUUUUGUUUCUUUGUACCUUACUAAACCAAUGUAUGAGAGAGAGAGAGAGUGAGUUCAAUUACAUUUAAGAGACCCUUUUUCCAUUUAUGAAAGAAGCAUAUGAUUAUGA